GUAGCCCUAUGAUUGAAUUAUUUUGGCGGAAGAUUUGUGUGCAAAGGUUUGAAUGGUGGUCACAUUUUCGCUAUAGUAAAUAGAAAAACUGAUGGAAAAGUUGAAGUGUUGCAAACAAAGUCCUGAGGCCUGUUUAGGGCCAAUGGAAGAUAUGUGGACGCCUUAUAAACAUUUAAAUUCUGUAAUUCAACGUAACCUGUGCAAUCCUACAGAUCAAUCGUUGAUAGAAUUGGAGGUUCAUUUUAAGAAAUAUAAACAAAGCUUUACGUCGUUGCUCCUGUAUCCGCAAAAAAACGAAAAACAUCGGCAACUAUUGAAAAAUGGUCUAAUAGAUGGUGUGUCGAUAUCAAAAUAUACUAGAACUGUAGCAAUUUCCAAAGAAUUGGUGGAUGAAGCCAUUAUUAUAUCGGAUAUGUUCAAUGUGGAUGAAAUCAUGGCAUUGGAAUUACUUUGUACUGCUCAGCGAGAAAUGAUAAAUCACCCUGGGUUAUCAAGAGGAUUAGUUGCCGUUUUACUGUACUAUGAUGGUAAAAAGGCUUUGGUGAAUUCUCUUAGAGAUCUUUUUCAAGCAACUAAUGGCAUGUCAUGGACAACCGAUAUACCAAAAGAGAUAUCCAGUUUAAUUACAUCCUUUACACAAAACUUGGUUAAUCAGUGCAACAUCCUUGAUAGAAUAGUUGGACUAUUGGAUGAUCUCGAUAUAUCGAAAGAGAUAGUUAUUUUAACGAAAAAUCGAGCAUUGGGCUCAAAAAAACAUCAAAACCAAGUUCAGCAACUUUACAAUGAUAUCCGAAUGGGAUUAGCGACCACAUUAUUUUAUUGGUCAGCGCAAAGAGGCCUUCCAAAGGAGAUUGUUGUUAAGCUAAUUAAAAAUAUAUCAAAUUUUAGCCAAAUUCAAUCAUCGGGAAUAGUAGACGAUAUAACGCUAAAACUAAUUUUUUCAUUAAUGUAUGCGUGUGAUACUAGUGUGUUGCUCAAAUAUGAAGCGCCGAAAAAUAUUUGGCAGACCAUUCCCAUAUUUUCUCAAGGAGAUUUUUUACAAACAGUCUUUGACGCUUUAAUUCCCACUCAACAAGAUGGCCUAACAGGAAUCAUCAAGCUUGCCUUUGGGUUAGCCCUGACUGGUUUCCGACACGCAUCUAUGCAGGUAUCGAAUUCUUCAUCGAAGAUUAUAACAUAUGAUGAGCAACUCAUUGAUGCAGCUAUCAGCAGCAAAGUUUUUAAUUUUCUAUACUACUAUGUUUUAGAAAACAAAGAUUUAUAUCGUCAUGAAUUUUUCUAUCGUCGUAUUCAUUUGCUAUUAACGGACUUUAUAGAGUUUAUGCAUUCCAAGGUAACAGAGUUACGAGGAAAGGCAGAUGAAACUGCGAGAACUGUUAUGGGUUUUAUAAAGGAAGGAUUGGAGCCACCAUUUAACUUAGAUCAUAGUUUUGAAAUGCUGAUGUUAUGCAUAUCUAAGUUUUAUAAAGAUAAUAGAGCAGGACUAGCGUUGUGUGUUGAAUUUUGGGAACCACUCGAUUCAACGUUCAGCUCUGUGAAAACCACCACUCGCUCAGUUUCACUAUUUAAAUUUAUUCGCCUAGCCGGAGAAUUAUUGCCGUCUACUUUGUUCGUAUCGUAUUUAAAAAUGAUUGCUGGUUUGACAAGUUGUGAAAAGUCAGCGCGAAAUACAUUCAAUCUUUUGAAACAAGCGUCAGGGUUAACGGGAAGUACAACUCUAUCUUGGGAACACUUUUUCGGAUCGUUGAUUCAAUACUAUUCAAAUCUACGCCAGGAACAUGGUAUUGGCAGUGAAAUAUCUUACAAAACGCAUUUGAACCGAUCUAUCAACCCUCAAGAGAUUGAAGCUCUUCAGGCAGUACUCGAAGUGAUAAAAGCCGUGGCUAACUAUGAUGAAUUAUCAAGAAUUGCAAUUUGUGAAAACCCAAAUUGGGCGCCAUUACAAAUACUUUUAGGUUUAUUAAGUUGUCCGGUACCAUUGGUGUUAAAGGGAAAUAUAUUACAAACGUUGGCUGCGCUAGGCAAGUCUAAAGAAACAGCAACUAUACUUUGGAACAUCAUUGAGACCUCCCAAAUUAUUCCAACAAUACCUGUAAUAACUCCAAACAAUACUUGCAACCUUCUAACAGAAAUAUCACAGAACGAAUCUCGCCUCGAAUGUUAUCCCCUUUCUCAAGGGAUCUUAGACUUGAUGUUUUCUUUACUAAAAGCUUUUAUUCCUAAAAACUUGGGAGCCGACCAUCGCAGGCCAGGACUACAACCUUAUGUUACUUUUGUUGUUGAAGAAAUUUUCUUCAAAUUUUAUGAUCGACAAUAUAAAAAUUUGACCGAGAAAUGGGAAAUAUGUUUGAAAUGUUUAAAAAUAUUAAAUUAUUUGGUUCAAACAUAUGAACCAACACCAAAAGAUUUCGAAGAGCGCCAAGACCAAAGUUCGCCAAUGGGGUAUUAUAUAAUGUUGCAGCUACAAAAAAAAUCUCACUUUUUAAACCUCCUUCUACUAAUAAUUGAUGAUGCUCGACAAAAGCUUGAUGAAUACGAACAAUUUAAUGAAAGAGAGAUGCUUGAGGAAAGUGCUCUUCUUUGCCUCUUAAUAAUUGAAGAAGGAUUAAUUAAACAAAAAGAGUUUUUAAAUUCUCACAAUAUUGCAAAUACAUCAAAUAUUAUUUUUGGUUUAAACAAAAUCAUACUAGAUGUCAAUCCACGAAGUCAACGUCCGGACCAUCUAUUGAACAUAACAAAAUUUGUCAUGUAUUGCAAUUGGUUACCAAAUCACUCAUUUGCAGCUGUAAAUAUUCUAAAUAUGGUUUCAAAAAUGCCCAAUAUCUCAAGCCAAAUCUUGGAUGUAUUUAUUUCGAACGGGUAUAUAUAUGAUGAAAUUCGUCAAGGAUUUGUUGAUUGUCUAGAUAUGGAUAUAAAUUCAACUAAUUUCUACGAAAAAUCCAACGAACUGCAAAAACCUCAUAAAAUUUAUUUAAAAAUUAAAACAUCAAUAUUAGGAUUACUUCGAAAUUGCAUAACGCAACCAUAUCCAAAUAUUGGAUAUUAUCUUCUCGGAUUUGAAUAUACCACUGAAGCUAUCGAAAAACGAAAACUUAAUAUUACAGAUUCGACUAAUCAUUGUUUAAAAGCAAUAAUAGCUUUACUAGAUGAACAUGUAGAGGCAAUGAGAGCUUCAAACACCUAUGAUGCAGAUUUGGAACAAAUUAACAAGAGCUCAUAUUUCAUCUUAUAUUUAUUGUGCUCAAAUACGCGAACGUCAGAAGGCAUUUUACGAUAUUUGCGAGCAUCAAAUGACUUUAUUUGUCGUCACUUGCACGAACUCCCAUUUAAAAACAUUAAAUACUCCAAUAUUCUGUAUCAGACAAGUUACUUGUUAGAAUGCACUGCAAUAGAGUUAAAAUUAGCAAGUUCUUAUUGUCAAAUAAGUAGAGUUCAGCAAAUUUGCGAAAUAUUACUGGGGACUGCUACUAAUAAGACUGAAGAUCAACUUUCUAUUAAUUCGACGCUAUUCUUUUCACACUCAUCUCCUGUUUUGAAUGAGCAUUUUAUUAAACCGAAAUCUGAAAGAGUGCCAAAUUUUUUGCUUAGUAAUAUUCUGGAUUGGUUAGAGUUUGAGGUAAAAGAAUUAACUACCACUAAAUGGGAUUUCUUUGAUAUUUCCUUGUCUAAGCAAAUAUUCGAUGAGUGUGAAUCCAUAACAGAAGAGGGUCACUCAUUAAUUAAUUUACAAAAAUUGCACAAAAUUCUUCACGAUGAACUUUGCAAUGUACAAGGCACUAUAGCUGGAGGGCAACGCAAGUUGAUAUUGCAUGAAAUUGAAUCCAUACUGAUAUAUGCACUCAAAAUAAAUGAGAUGAGGAAUAAAAACAAGGGAACAAUAAAAGUAAUGGAUGCGUGGGCACAGGUCUCUGAAAUCAUAUUUAUUUACGCAUCGGAAAAUACUUUACCAUACUCCAUCAAGCAAGAGCUUUUAUUCGAAAUGUUGCAAAAACUUCUUAACAAAGCUGUAUCCAUACAACCUCCAUUGGAAAUAUCAAUUCUAACAUCAGAAGCCAUUUUUAUACUCAUCGUCUGCUUACGACAAUGUUUUUCUCGAAAUCUAGAAAACAUGGGAAAUGAUAAAACUAACGCAACGUACUACGGAAAUGUGAAAAAUGUUAAUAUUGUGAGCUCGGAUUCAAAUAUAUUAAAUCUAAAAUCAAUAUUAAAACGACUUUUAGAGUGGAUAGUAGUUAGUGAUGUUAAGUCUCAAAAGCUUCGAAUUAACUUGUAUGCUGCAAUACUGAGCUGCCUCCGAAUGUUGAAUGGACAUCUAUUAGAAAACAUAACAUCUCGUAGUAAUGAAACAUUCGUUUCGCGGUUAGAUAAAAAGAUGACAGCUUCAGUUAACUCAGUUGGAAGUCAGGUUCCAGUCGAAUUAUUUUCUUCAUUUGGAGACAAAUUAAUUGAUAUAAUGUGUCGUGAUUGUGUUAUUGGUCAUGAUGUGUGUAAAAUGCUUGCCAUGUCGUGUUUUGUUUCAGCUUUAGAAUUUAAUAACAUUCCAAGUGUUCUGCAAUUGUUUGCAAAUAGGGGUUACUUAGCCAAUGUCAUCGAAAACCUUGAAAAAUCCGAUCAGGAUUUAUGUCUUAUCGUAAGUGAUUCAAUUAAAAAUAUAAAAGCAUUAUAUGUCUACGAAUCACAUAUGGCGCUUCUGUUAAGAUUUGCUAAUUGUUCUAUGGGUGCGGAAAUGCUGCUCUCAGCUAAACUGUUAAGCGUUCUUUCAAAGAUGAGAGUAUUUGAUUUGCAUCCAAAUUUUCAAGGCUGUGUAAGUAGUUAUAAUACCGUACCGGAGUUUCUGCCUGCUGUGGAUAACCGCUUUCGCCAGAUAUUUUUCCCAGCCAUACAGUUAUGUAAUGCUAUAAUAACGACUCUUGGGAUGGACAACUUAUCAGCUAUCUCCCAGAUAUCAAAUUUUUUAUUUUCUCAUUUUGAAAUCAUCGAGUUUAUUCUAAGAACCGGCUUAUCCCAUUCGGAUGUGGGCAUUAUGAAUGAACUUUCUGUGGUUACCGGUAUUAUUGCCCGAGUUAUGCGAAAGGAUAUAUACUUACCAGAUGAUGUAAAAACGAAUCAACACAAAAUCUACUCUCACAAAAUUAAUAGAUAUAUGCUGCAUAUUUUCUGUUAUUUUGUAUUAAACAACGAUAUUUUGAAGCGAAACACAAAACUGGAUGUUCAAAUUAACGAGUUUUCUGAACCUAAUUGCAUAAAAUAUUUUGUCGACAUCGCCGCAAAUGUUACAAUUUUCUUCCGCUACAAAUUUACAAAUACUAUAAACUUGAAUGAUAUUCUAUUUACACCGAAGAAAAAUACUUCUCUUAAAAGAAUGGAUAAAUUGGAAAGAAGUGCAAAUGAAUCGCUAGACUUUACGACAGUAUUGAAUCACUUACAAGGAUCCGUAGAAUAUCUAGAAAUGCAAAAACGAGUAACUGAUAAUAUAGUUUCGCACAGAUCUUACAUGGCUGACGCUAGCAUUGAUAACUCUGCUCGCCUUUCCGACGCCGAGUGGAUUAAGCAAUAUGAAAAUAGACAAAAAGAGCUAUCGUUAUACGUUUUUAUAAUCGAACAAACAUUGUAUUUAUUAUGGUUACAUUUGGACUUUUACGUUAGAUCGACUUCUAGUGCAACUGGGCAGGGUUUGACACCCGCUAUCGAAGAAUACCUUCCAAAUGCCACAACCAUGGAGGAUUUCGGAAUGUUAAAACAGAAUAUGAUUUCAGUCUUUACUGAGACGUUUUGCAACCAUCUCUCAUUGGCUUCUGGAUCAGAUUCUGCAAACUAUUUUAACUGCACUUUGAUCCGUCGAAUAAAGUCAUUAAUUCAGCUUCUUCCAGGUGUUUAAAGUAAGAUAUUGUACAACUUAAGCUCCCAUGUAUGGAAAAAUUAAAUAAAUGACUGAAAAUUAA